UCUGAACAGCUGUCGUGGUCUGAUUCAUCGACGUUUUUCGUUUCUUAUCAAUUUAAUUGCAUUAUUUUCCUGAGUUCCCGUACAAUGUUUACGUUGAUAAUUCGCGAUACUGAUUACAAGACUGUUUAGAGCUGUUUCGUCGGCGGGAAAAUAUCCGAACGCGCUGAAACAGGUCGCGGUAACAGCGGUAAAAUGUUUCCUUACCGCUGCGCAUUUAUUUUGCUAAUUUCCGUCUUAAUUCACGAGUGCUGGUCGCGAUCUGCUGAUGAAGAUGAAGACCGUGGCUUCGUCGUGGAACCGAAGUAUACGAGCUAUGAAGAUAUGCUGAAGAUUUUCAAUGAUUUACAAGAGACGUACCCGGAUUUGGUUGAUGGGUUUUCGAUUGGGGAUUCGGUGCAGGGACGGCAGUUAGCGGUGCUGCACAUAACGGAGAACCCUCACACGGCGCACCCGGGACGUCCGGCCUUCAAGUAUGUGGCGAAUAUGCACGGAGACGAGGCGGUGGGGCGUCAGCUGCUUAUCUACCUAGCUCAGUACCUGCUGCACAACUACGGCAAGGACGACAGAGUGUCGCAUCUCGUCAACAACACCGAGAUAUACCUGAUGCCCUCGUUGAACCCCGAUGGAUAUGAAGCCAGCGUGGAAGGGAACUGCGAAUCGCUUCCGAACUACGUCGGCAGGAACAACGCAAAUGGUGUCGACUUAAACCGCGACUUUCCCGAUCAGUUCGACACCUUCGAGUCUCCCCUCGACGACUUCCUCUACGAAGGUCGGCAGCCGGAGACCAUCGCGAUGAUCAAGUGGCUGUUCAGCAAGAGAUUCGUGCUGUCUGGUAAUCUGCACGGAGGUGCUGUGGUUGCGAGCUACCCCUACGACGAUUCCAGCUCCGGCAAGGAAUGCUGUGAGGAGAGCAAGUCACCAGACGACGUGUUAUUCAAACGCCUGGCCAACGUGUAUGCCUCCCGCCACGCCGACAUGCAUAAGGGUAACACCUGCCCUCCUGAGAGCUUCAAGGACGGAAUCACUAAUGGUGCCAACUGGUAUGCCGUCAAAGGCGGCAUGCAAGAUUUCAACUACGUGCAUUUCGGCUGCAUGGAAGUCACCUUCGAACUGUCUUGCUGCAAGUAUCCUCGCGCUGCCAACCUGACUGCGUACUGGGAAGCCAACAGGGAACCUCUUCUGGCCUUCAUGGAGCAAGUCCACACUGGCGUCACCGGCUACGUCCUUAACGAGGAAUCUGCCGCUCCUCAGGGCGCACGCGUCACGGUGCUCGGCAUCGACCACACCGUAGGGCUGUCACAAUUCGGCGACUACUGGCGUCUGCUCGCCCCUGGCAAAUAUAACAUCACCGUCGUCUCUCCCAACAUCAUCACCCCAGAGCCUCAAGAAGUAGAGAUCGAAGAGAACCAAACCAAGCCCGUUAUGAUCAACUUCUUUGUGCGAAGCGUUCGGUCACCUCAUCAGCUCCAGAUCACUGAUGGCAAUACAACAGAGCGUAACAGGCGGUCGAGUGACGAAAUGGAUGGUUUGCCUGCAGCCGACUUCAAGCACCACAACUUCACAAUGAUGGAGAGCUUCCUCAAGGAAGUCCACGAAGACUACCCCAACAUCACCGUACUGACAAGCAUAGGGAAGUCAGUCGAAGGACGGGACUUAUACGUCCUCGAAGUGACGAACAAUCCUGGGAAGCAUAUCCCUGGCAAACCAGAGUUCAAAUACGUAGCGAAUAUGCACGGCAAUGAGGUGGUAGGCAGGGAACUCCUACUGCUCUUGGCCAAGUACCUCUGCGAGCAGUACCAGGCCGGAGACCAGCGGGUGCAGAGGAUCCUCAAUACCACUAGGAUACAUCUGCUGCCGAGCAUGAACCCUGAUGGAUAUGAGAGGUCGCAUGUCCGUGACUUCAGCAGCACGCAUGGUAGGUCCAACGCGCACCAUGUGGACCUCAACAGGAACUUCCCGGACCAGUUCGGACCUACAAAGGAUAACGAGACUCCAGAACCAGAAACCCUGGCAGUGAUGAACUGGUCGCUGUCCAUCCCGUUCGUGCUGUCAGCCAACCUGCACGGCGGGGCGCUGGUGGCCAACUACCCUUACGACGGCAAUGGCGAUAUGGAGAGUGGUAGAGAGAACCCCACCCCCGACAACCAGCUGUUCUUGCACUUGGCGCAUACUUACUCCAAUACCCACCACAAGAUGCAUUUGGGUCAGCCAUGCAAAAAUCUGCCCAACGAAAAGUUCCCGGAAGGCAUAACAAAUGGUGCCAAGUGGUACGUGCUGGCCGGUGGCAUGCAGGACUGGAACUACCUGCACACCAACGACAUGGAGCUGACGUUAGAACUCGGCUGCUACAAGUUCCCCCCCGCCUCCGACCUCCCCACUUACUGGCAGGAUAACAGAGACGCUCUGCUGGCUUUGAUUGAACAGGUCCACCGAGGUGUCCACGGCUUCGUCCACAGCCAUAUCGGCAGUCCGCUAGCCAACACUACGAUAUCUGUCAGUGGCAUCGAGCACAACGUGAAGUCGGCCGCUGACGGCGACUACUGGCGCUUACUGGUGCCCGGCACUUAUAACAUCACCGCCAGCAAACAUGGUUAUGAGAGCGUCACAGAAGAGGUGAUAGUCCCGGUUAACGGAUCAGUGAGCGUCAACUUCACCCUGAUGGCGGACGACCCUCAGCACUGGUCCUCUGCUUACGACUUCCGCGUGUUAGAGAACAUAAUCGGCACACGGUACCACAAGCCGCUGGAGCUGUACGGGAUGUUGGCAGAACUGGAGAACAAGUACCCCGACGUCGCAGAGUUCCGCGCCGGCGACAGUCUCACCACUAGUGUCUUCAGGCAGCUGAAAGUCACUGACCAAAUGGGAUCACCAGAAGAAACUAAGUUCCACAUCGCGCUCAUAAGCAGCUUCUACGGGUCAGAGCCUUUAGGGCAAGAGAUGCUUCUGAACUUCGCUAGGCACAUCACUAGCGCAUACUCCAUCGGAGAACCCAUCCACAAGAAGUUACUCCAAAGAACCGUCCUGCACUUCAUACCCAACUUGGAUGUGCUCUACGAGAAGAUCCUAACACACUUUGAUGGCACAGCGAAAUGCACAGCUAAAGCUUUAGAAGAAGAAUUCGGGGAUUCUUUGUACAACUAUCUAACUAAAAAGAAUAUUAACCCCCUAUCGAAUUAUACCAGAGAAAAGGCAUUCAUAGAAAUGCUAGAGGCAGAGAAAUUCGAUUUAGUCCUAGAGUUGUCAUCAGGCACGGAAGAUGUGAUAUACCCUGAGCUGUCGAAGCAUAUUUAUGAGAAUUUCGCCAAGCAAUAUCAGAAGAGUAGGACGCCGAGCGACAAAUACGAAUGCUUGCCGAUAAACCAGAAUGUGGUGCACGAGAACCUUAUCGAUGUUAUAUGCGAGAGACUAAACACUCCGAUUAUAUCGGUGGGGCUGAGCUGCUGCAAGAUGCCGGCGGACGAGGACAUCGGGUGGGUGUGGCGGUACAACCUCAAGGGCAUCAUGGACUUUGUCCAGCUCGCCAAUACUGGCGUCGUAGGCUACAUAAAGAACGAAGAAGGCGAGCCGAUGCGCGACGCAGUAGUGGCGAUAACGGGACUCGAACAGCAGUACCGCGUCACCCGCAACAUGGCGUACUACCGCGCCAUGCUGCCGCCCCGAGAGUACAAGGUCAUCGUGCGCUGCCACAAGUACCAAGACCAGGUACUAACAUGGCGCGUGGUCGAAGGGGUACUUAAACGCAAGGAUAUCGUGAUGAAGCGCAUCAACAGCGAGCGAUUACCUGGAGGACAGUUUGAGGAGAUGAAGCUGGACACUGACCCCAACACCGUCUACAUCACUGGCCUAGCGCUAGACACGAGCAGCGAGCCAAUAAACCAAGCCAAGAUCACUGUCUACCCCAUAAACUCAGUGGUGGCGAUAUCGCACAACAAGUCUGAUGAGAGCGGCCGCUUCGCCGUCGCCCUGCCCGUCACUUACCUCACUAGAGAGGUGAUCGUCACCGGCGCUGCGAAGGGAUAUAUCACACAACAGAAACAUUACAUGGUAAACAACGAGAAAAAUCUUACACCGAAAAUAGUGUUGAAACUGGAAAAGGACGAUAAUGUGCUGGGUAUGCCGCGACUGGUGUUCGUUAUGGUGGCUGGCGUGGUGGGCGUGGCCGUGGUGACCCUGGCGGCGUGGUGCUUCAGCUGCCGCGCACGCGCCCGCGACGCGCGACGCGAGUACCUGUUCACGCAGAUACCCUCCGACGACAAGCGGCCUUUGUGUGAUGUGGCCAACUAUGAAAUAGUCCGCAAACCGUAUUACGACGAAGAAGACCUACCGCCGUCGGAGACUGACUCGGAAGACGAGAUAGUCUUACUGCGAUCUGACCGAGACUGGAAGACGGUCGAGUAGAACGUUACUAACUUUGUUGCUUUGCAAGUCCCAUACUGUGGCACGUUUUAGUAAGUCCCUCAGGUUUAAUUUCCUCUGAAGCGGAGAUAUGCAAAACUUGACCAGUCACCCCGAGCGAGAAAGCGACAGCGCGUCUUCUCUUUCACACGCAGUGAUUGGCCGAUUACGAAGAAAGACGCCACAUUAACUUAAAUUUAAACACAACAACACGCUAAAUAAUUAAAAAAAAAAAUCUAAAUACACACGUGGAGGACGUCCAUAAUAAAAAAAUCGCCCUCGGCAUAAUGACGUGACUCGUGCUUAACACGGGCCGCGGCCCUGGUGGUAUGAAAGACCUAUCGUGAAGCACGGACAUCCCAAAGUCAAAUACUCAAUAGGCUACUUGACAACCUAGUCAAAUGAGAUACUUUUUAAGAAACGUCAAAACGAAAGAUUUCUUUGGAGUUUAUAUGGAAAUACUGUUCAUCAAUAAAAGCGGUCAAACGUCGUACUCAUUGUUACUUAAUUCUUAUUAAAAUCCGAAAAAAUACGUCGAAAAGUAAAAUGAGAUUGAUUUUUGAUCCUCUUAGACUGAUUUCUAUUUUUAGAUUAGUAUUUUAUAAAAUACCCUAUUACGUACUUACAAUAUUUCACCGAUUCGCUUGGAAACGGAAAAAAAAUGGAAACUCACCUUUACAGAAUUUCAAAAAUUUUGUUGUUUGGUUUGUUUAUUUUAAAUUACUUAUUAAAUCUUUCGUGGCGUUAACCAUGUGAUGUAGUUUCGACUUUGAAUUUGAGAACGACGGAUCACGGGAGUUCGACAUAGAUGUUGAUUUCCGUAAUUUGUGAUUUCGUUGUAACUUUUUACUCCGUAAAGUCGCCGUAAAGCCAGACAUUUCGUAAAACAUAUUUUCAUUGAACUUGGAGUUAGAAAUACAUAUUUGUUGGUUUCCAAUUACGAGUAUUUAUGUCUUAAGUUUGUCUUAUAAAAGCAAGUUCAAUAUUUAUGUGAAUAAUUGAAACAAAAAUGUGCCAUGGUAGCAGACAUGUGCAGCAACAUAAGUACAAUACUAACCAUUGACACACAGGGAUCCCCAACCCUAUGUAAAUAUUCCUAAAGCCUAUAACCCGAUGCAUUUCAGGAGCGCUAUAGGUAGUUUAUUCAAAUCGGAAACAGCUUGACUUUUACAACAUAAUAAAAUACUAGAUCUCUUCUCAAUUCUUCCGUGAAUUUGACAGUAUUAGAGUAGUUAUAAAGUUGUAAAUUGGCUUCUAAAGAAAUUAGGUAUUAAGCUGUUUGUACCCUUCUCGGCUCUGACGACAGUAAGGAGAAGGUGUCGAUGAAAUCCGUCGAUUUGUUAAGUGCUUUACACCUUUUUAUAAUGUAAUUUAGAAAAGAUUUUAUUUUGUUAAGAAACGUAGAUAGUUCACUUUUGCAAAGUCGCCUUAGAAGUCUUAAGGACACUUGUGAUCUUUCUAGAAUAUUUUCAUAUUUACUACAGAGAUUAAAGAUUUUCUUAGUGUGACUGUAAUCUUGAACUUCAUAAAGAUGUGCUUGUUUACCAAAAUACAAUAAAAAUAGUGUAUCCUAUUUAUAAAUAGUUUAAAUUAUACCGGAAUUACUGGACUUAUAUGUACGUAAAUAUAGAAAAAAAACUUAAGCUAGGUUUUCGAUAAUAGAUUUAAAAAGAAUCUCUGACCCUCGCGCACCUUAAUGAAGUUCAAGUGAUGUGAACUGUAUAUCGUUAGUAUUUAGGUACUAGGUAUCUAGGUACUAGUAUGGAAAGCAAUAAUUUACCUAACAUACAUUCCUUGUGCAUUUGACAAUAAGCAAAUAUUUUCUCACUAAAAUUACGUGCCUUAUACGAGACUUUCCUCUUUGUACUUUCGUGAUAUUAAAAUUUAUACUACUAUUUAUUUUCUACAAAUAUACGUUUUGUAUGCAUUUUGAUAACGAGAAUCUCCUAUUUAUUUGAAUUGUGAAUGAAUUUAUUUUAUAAUAAAGUUUAAAUUAUACAAAUGAAGAGAUAUAUACAAUAAUUCUAUUGGAAAAAGAGCUAACGUAAAAUUAAUAAUAGUUCAAGCCAUAUUUCUAAUACAUAUAGAAAUGUGGCGCGGAAAACUGUUUUUUUAUGACUUUUUUCUGGAAAUUUAUUAAAAGUUGGUGCUGUUUUGAAUGUUUUACAUUUUUUGAAAGUUUAUUAUUAUUGUUCGCUGUAAUUUUGUGAUAGUUCCGUAUUAAUGAUUUUGUAAUAGAUAUUAUUAAUAAAAUUUGAUAUUUAAUAAGUGA